AUGACACGCCCUGCUGCAGAACCUCAUGGUACUAACACCAUCACAGCUGAUCUGAACAUUCCAAGAACAGAGAAUUAUGACGAGGAAGGUGCCAAAAGCCCCAGUGGAUCUGGGGCACCCGAACUUGCAGAAACAAGAGAAUUGAGAAAAGGCCUUAAGCAGCGACAUAUACAGAUGAUCGCGUUAUGUGGAACUAUCGGAACAGGCCUUUUCCUUGGGUCAGGACGAGCAUUAGCAAAUGCUGGCCCGGCUGGAAUAUUCAUGGGAUACUCUUUGAUGGGUAUACUCAUCUCUGGCGUGACUUUAUCCAUUGGAGAAUUGAGUGCACUUGUCCCUCUCAGUGGAGGUGUCAUUAGGCCAGCAGCCUAUUUUGUGGACCCUGCGUUCUCUUUCGCACAAGGUUGGAAUGUAACUUAUCAGUACCUGAUCUCAAUUCCAGCAGAAAUUUCUGCCGCGUCUGUGAUUGUACAGUUUUGGAUUACGGUUAACAACGCUAUAUGGGUAACAGUCUUCAGCGUAAUUCUCUUCGCCAGUAACAUAUUCCUUGUUCGGAUAUAUGGGGAAGUUGAAUUCAUUCUAGCCAUCUUGAAGCUUUCUCUCAUCAUUGGGAUGAAUAUCAUGGGCCUUGUUAUCACCACGGGUGGCGGUCCAGACCAUACAUCCAUCGGUUUCCGAUACUGGCAUGAUCCUGGUCCAUUUGUGCAAUAUCUCAGGGUGCCUGGCGCUUUGGGUCGCUUCAUGGGAUUCUGGACAGUUUUCACAAAUGCAGCAUAUGCAUACUCAUCAAUUGAAACUAUAUCCAUGGCCGCCGCAGAAACGUAUGCGCCCCGCAGAAGCAUACCUAGAGCUGCUAAAAGAGUGUUCAUCCGUGUGGCUCUUUUUUAUGUGAUCACCAUUUUCAUGAUUACUCUGCUGGUCCCUUCAAAUGAUCCCAUGUUAUUAAGAAGCAGCGGCACUGCAGCCCAAUCACCAUUCCUCAUUGCAGCAGAUCGAGCUGGAAUCAAAGUCGUUCCUCACAUCAUCAAUGCAAUUGUAUUAUCUAGUGCAUGGAGCUCAGGAAACUCAACUCUAUUGAGCGGAUCUAGAAUUCUAUACGGUCUUGCUCGUGAAAAUCAAGCUCCGCGCUUCCUAGCACGAACUAACAGAUGGGGCGUGCCGUAUAUGGGAGUUAUAGCCAUUGGCAUAUGGAUGGCACUUGGAUACAUGUCUCUAAGCUCAACGGCAGCGACUGUCUUCACAUGGCUACAGGAUCUUGUGGCUUGUGCCCAGAUCGUGGGUUGGCUAGUUAUUUGCGUAACAUAUUUGCGCUUUUACUAUGCAAUUAAAAAACAAGGCAUCCCCCGUAGUAGAUUACCAUGGGCUGCACCACUCCAACCAUAUGCCGCAUGGAUGACACUUUCCUCACUCUUGAUUAUUCUGAUCACAGGUGGCUAUACAACCUUUAUUCAUGGCCAUUGGUCUACCGAAACUUUCAUAUCCGCAUACCUUGAUAUUGGAAUUUUCGCAGCUCUUUACUUUGGGUACAAGAUCUGGUAUCGAACCAAAAUUGUCUCUCUCGAAGAAUCACCUGUUGCUCGGUUUGUGGAGAUUGCAGAAAAUGAUCCAGAUCCACCUGAACUCCCGCGGUCAAGAUGGUCAAAACUUAACAUUUUGUGGAGCUGA